AUGAAGUCCUCCUCGCUUCUGGCCAGCCUUUCGGGGCUCGCUUCCGCGGUUGCCCUGCCACCCCUGAGCCCGAGGGAUCAGGCGAGCGCCCGUCCGCCAAAGUGCCGCUUCGCGCUGGACUGGACGCAGAAGCAGGUGCUCGCCGAUCCCAAGGGCUUCGCCUGGGACCUCCUCUACUGGGAGGGCAAGUUUCACCAGAAUGACGUCGCUUACAACACGGCCAAUGGAAUGAGCUACGAUGGGACGCAGCUCAAUUGGACGACGGGCGAGCGCACGCUGAAGCACCCCUUCAGCGCUGCAAGCAAAGAAGCCUUGCAGAUCAUGCUCUACGCCCGCGCCAUCGCGGGCUCCAAGGAGGCCGCUAGGUUCCUCGUCCCGGACCGUCCGUCGACGGCCCCCAACGUGGCCGCAUCAAUCAUGCAGACGAAACUGGAGACUUACCUCCGGUUCAACGAGACAUACCCUGGUUUCGGUGGUUUUCUGCCGUGGAUGACGACCAGCAACAAGGACGUGGAGCCGACCAGCGACUGGGUGAAUCGCGUGCCUGCUCUGGACAACGGUGAGCUUCUGUGGGCCGUGUACGCCUGCAUCCAGGCCCUCGAGAACAGCCACAACCCCUCAUUCGGCAAGCUCGCCAAGGGGUGGCAGACAUGGUUCGACUACGUCAAGACCACGGCUGUGCCCAUCUUUUACCGCGGUCAGGGCCUCGUCUGCGCCGUGACCAAGAUCAAGGACCAGGGCCUGCCAGUGUCGGACGCGGGGCAGCACUAUGAGUGCGAGACGCCCAACUACCUGGACGACCCGUACGAGGGCGAGUUGUUUACGCACUUUAUCAAUCUGUUCAGCAAGCUGCCCAAGAAGGAAAAGGAUCAGCUGUGGACUGUGAAGCGCAAGAAGCUCGUGAGCGUCGAGUACAACAUGGGUGGCGUUGGUCCCAUCACGGUCGAGCAAGGUUUCUGGUUUUCGAGCCAUGAGCCGUGGAAGGUCUUGGAGCUGCCCUACUACGAUGUGGAUAUUGUUCGCCGGCUGUAUCACAACGCCGAGCGAGCUAGGACGUGCAACUCGGUCGUCACCAAGGUGCCCGGCCUCUUCGCCUCGGUUAACAACUCCACCGACCCCGAGACGGACACCAUCAUCGGGUACAUCUCGCCCGCAGGCAUUCCGUCCAUUGCGAGUCAAAAAGAGCAGGAGCACGACGUGAUUACGCCCUACGGCGCGUGGCCCACCAUUAUGUUUGACAAGGCCGUCGGGCUUGCUUGGUGGCACAACAUGGUGACGGCCAAGAAGAUGCAGAAUCCUUAUGGCAGCACCGAGUCGACGAGAGUUGACGGCGAAUUGGUCUCUGCGCUUGUGACUUGGGACAGCAAGGUCACGACGGUCGUGUCGCUCCUCGGUGGCGUCGGGGACCUCGUCCGCGACAAGCUCAAGAGAGACCGCAAAUAUGACGAGUUUGUGUCAGUGACAGAGAGAGAGUACUCGCGGGUGUUUAAGAAGUUGAAGGGCGAAAAUAUCCCCCUGUGUCUGCCCAAAGCCACUGUGCCAGAGGCUGGGCUAAAGGACUUUGCCCUCUGCAAGUAG